AUGCCACAAAGACCAAAGAUAGUACUUGUCGGAUCUGGUAUGAUUGGAGGUGUUAUGGCCACCUUAAUCGUUCAGAAAAAUUUAGGAGAUGUUGUUAUGUUUGAUAUUGUAAAAGAUAUGCCUCAUGGAAAGGCUUUAGAUACAUCCCACACAAAUGUAAUGGCAUACUCAAAUUGUAAAGUAACUGGAUCAAACAGUUAUGAUGAUCUUAAAGGUGCAGAUGUUGUCAUUGUUACAGCAGGAUUUACAAAAGUCCCAGGAAAAAGUGAGAAAGAAUGGAACAGAGAUGAUUUAUUACCACUAAAUAAUAAAAUUAUGAUUGAAAUUGGUGGUCAUAUUAAAAAACAAUGCCCUAAUGCAUUUAUUAUUGUAGUAACAAACCCAGUUGAUGUUAUGGUUCAAUUAUUACAUCAACAUUCUGGUGUCCCAAAAAACAAAAUUGUUGGAUUAGGUGGUGUUUUAGAUUCAUCAAGAUUUAAAUAUUACAUCGCUGAAAAAUUAAAUGUAUGCCCAAGAGAUGUAAAUGCUCAUAUUGUUGGUGCUCAUGGAAAUAAAAUGGUUUUAUUAAAACGAUAUAUAACUGUUGGUGGUAUCCCACUUCAAGAAUUUAUUAACAAUAAUAAAAUAACUGAGGAUGAACUUAAAGCUAUGGCUGAUAGAACUAUUAAUACCGCUUUAGAAAUUGUUAACUUACAUGCAUCUCCAUAUGUUGCACCAGCUGCUGCUAUUAUUGAAAUGGCUGAAUCAUACCUUAAAGAUUUAAGAAAAGUUUUAAUCUGCUCUACCUUAUUAGAAGGUGAAUAUGGACACAAAGAUAUUUUCGCUGGUACCCCUCUUGUUAUUGGUGGCAAUGGUGUAGAACAAGUAAUUGAAUUACAAUUAAAUGAAACUGAGAAAAUGCACUUCGAUAAUGCUGUUGCUGAAACAGCCAGAAUGAAGGCUCUUAUUUAA